GGAGCGCCGGACCCCGAGCAGAGCGGAGCCGGGCGGGCUGUGGCGAAGAGUGAAAGCUUUCCACAUGGUCAACAUGUUCAGGAGAAAUCUGAGACUUGAUUCCUGGUUCUUCAGCUUUCUGGUCAGUCUGUCCAGGAGUCUCCUUGCCUUUGCAGCCCUUGCCAAGAACCAGACUUCUAAAGGUUUUGCUCCUGUCACGAUUGAGACCCCAAGACACACGUACGAGUAUGUGGCCACUGCCUUGGACUGGUGGCAUGCUGACAGGUACUGUGAGCAGCACUUUGCUCAGCUGCUCUUUGAACCCCAGCAUGGUGAGCAAGAUUCCUUCAGCAAACUGCUGCAGUCCCACCACAUCACAGGUUCUGUCUGGCUGAAGGAAAGGGAUGGUGUCCUGCACAAACCGAAGAGGAGACGAGGCCACAGCGUACCAGUCCUGGUGUUCAGAGACAAAACAGACACAAAGUAUGUGAAGGUGCUCUCUGACUUCCCAGCCCUGCCUGCUGUCACAGCCUGUGCCCACCUGCAGUGGGACACCAGGACCCAGGAGAUUGCCACCAUCUUCUCCUACGCUGUGCCAGCUUUCAUCAACGAGUUCCAGCUCCGGGGCUUUGUGGACGAGGAAGGCUUUGUCCGGUUUGCUCUCAUAGUCCAUGGGCACCACUCCCCGUACCUGCCCGUGUUCCGUGCCGACGGACAGUGGCAUCACUUCUGUGUGACCUGGCAGCAGGAAAACGGGACCUGGGCCAUCUAUGCCGAUGGCAAAAGGAGGGCAUCUGCCAGUGGUUUGUGUGCUGCAGGACCAGCUGUCCCCCAGGCCAUCUACGGCCAGGGGACCUUCAUCAUUGGGCAGGACCAAGAUUCCCUGGGGGGCACCUUCAGGGCGAAGGAGUCCUUCAGUGGGAACAUCACUGACUUACACAUCUGGCAGAAAGUCCUCGGCACGGAGCAGAUUGAGAAGGUUCGGUCGUGCUGGGUCACGGAGCAGGACCUUGUGUUUGGGUGGAGCUCAAACGCGCUGGAGCUGGAGAGCUCCGUUCAGACAGUGACCACCCAGCUUCUCUGCCCAGGGCCUGUCGAGGAAUGCCGAGUUUUGGAAGCUGGCAGCAGUGGAUUCAGUUAUGCAUCUUGUUUGCAGACUUUGCCUUUCAUCUGUCAAUACAGAAAGGAUGCAUACUGGCAACUGAAAAGAGCCCAGCUGGAGUCCAGCCACUCGCUUGUCAGCCAUGUGAACACACUUGCAGCGAGGUCUGUGGUUCCUGACAGCAUCUUCACGAGUGGUGUCCAAGACAUGAACCUCUCUGUGGCUCUCGGUGCUCUUGAUGCCUUGGCAAAGGUUCUGAGGGAAGGAGAAAUGUCCAUGCUGGAGCCCUCUGACCUCCUGGAAGUGCUUCAAUUACUAAAGCAAGUUUCAGAUGUGGAGGUGCAGGAGGGAGAUGACCUGGAGAUGCUGGAGCAGUUGGGCCAGUAUUACAUGGAAGUGACUGCGUUAAUCCUGGAAGAGCAGAAUACUGGGACGUGGUCAUCGGUCAGCCAGGUUGUCAGAGGGCCCAUGGCUGUUGUUGAGCUCUGUGACAGAAUGGUGUCACUCUUAGUCCCACUGCUGACUGCAGAGAGGACAAGGAUCACCAUCCAGCACAGGAAUAUUGGGAUGGAGGUGAGGGAGCUGGAGCUGAGUGGGGAGGAGCUGAGUAGUGAGGCAUACGUGGUCCAGACUGUCGAGAAGGGCAGGCAUGACUUCAUCGAGGUUCCUGCAGAAGAAAUGCAAAGACUGAAAGCCAGAGGUCUCCGCAGGGUCACGGUGAAGAACCUGUGGUUUGGCUACGGGGCCCUGCAGCGCUGCCUGUCUGGCACUGCCGUGUCCCAGCAUGUGGCUGCCUCUGACGGGGGACACAAGUACGUGAGCGCUGCGGUGGGCACUGCUGUGAUCUCAUCCACGCUGCUCUGCAACUACCAGGAGAUCAGCACGUCCGUGCGCUACCGCCUGCAGCACCGAGCGCAGGACCUGUCUGAUACGCUGGUGUGGCCCAUCUGUGCCUUCUGGAACUUCAGCCUCAGCCCAGAUGCUGGUGGGAUGUGGUCCACAGCUGGCUGCUCUGUGGUGACGUCUCUCCAAGACUCCACUGCCUGUUUUUGCAACCACACCACGAAUUUUGCCAUCCUGCUGCAGGUGUAUGAGCUGAAGAUGACCGCCAAGGAGGAGUUCACACUGCAGACCUUGACUUUUAUUGGAUGUGGAGUUUCCUUCUGUGCCUUGGUAGUCACCUUCAUUUUGUUCUUGGUGGUUCGUGUCCCCAAGAGUGAACGGACAACGGUGCACAAGAACCUGAUCUUUGCAUUGGCUGCAGGAGAAGCUCUGCUCAUGUUAAGUGAGUUGGCCAAGAGCAACCAGGUGCUGUGUUUCAUGGUCACUGCCUUCCUGCACCUCUUUUUCAUGGCAGCCUUCUCAUGGAUGCUGGUAGAGGGGCUUCUCCUCUGGAGCAAGGUGGUAGCAGUCAACAUGAGUGAAGACAGGAGAAUGAAGUUCUACUACGUGACAGGCUGGGGUCUUCCAGUCCUUAUUGUGGGGGUGACCCUUGCAACUUCCUUUAACAAGUAUGUGGCAGCAAACCACUGCUGGCUGAACGCGCAGACCAACGUCAUCUGGGCCUUUGUGGGUCCUGUGCUCUUCAUCCUGGCUGUGAACACCUUCGUGCUGCUCCGGGUGGUGACGGUGACGGUGUCCAGUGCUCGCAGGAGAUCAAAGAUGCUGACACCCAACAGCAGCCUGGAGAGCCAGAUUGGAGCACAGAUAUGGGCCACGGCCAAGCCCGUCCUGGUGCUGCUGCCUGUGCUGGGGCUGACCUGGGUGUGUGGGGUCUUCGUCCACCUCAGCAUCAUUUGGGCCUAUGUCUUCAUCGUGCUGAACUCUCUCCAGGGCCUGUACAUAUUCCUGGUCUACGCAAUCUAUAACAGUGAGGUGAGGAAUGCCAUCCAGAGGAUGAAGGACAAGAAGAAGGCCCUCUCAUUCACAAACUGCUCUCAUCCCAUCAACUACUUAUCAAGUCCAAGAAAUACGACCUCCUGGGAGACAGGGAAGCUGGGUCCUGCAGCUGAGAGUGCCCUGCCAAGCCCUGCGCAGAAAGACCCUCCAGUGAAGAACAUCACCAACAGAGGAAAUUUUGGAGCCAAAAUUCCCAUGGGAAUUUCAUCAAUUAUGUCACCUGAGAGGCCGGCCGUAGAGCUGACAGCGUUCAAACCCUCAGUGUCUAAGCAGGGCAUCCUCAGACUGUUUUUGAGAUGAUGCCACCCAGAAGCAGUGCAGCCUUCCUCCUCCCACUGGACACAGGAGAAAGGCAGAAACGGUGGCACCCAGGAGUAG